GUUUUGAUGGACAACACGGAAUCUGGAUCAGUUUCGUCGUUUUAUUCAUUCUGUCGAUGGCCUUAUGAAAAUCUGGCGCAGCGCUGCCACGAGCCAGCUGGAUAUGCAGUCAAGUAUUCGUUGCAUUUCCAGCCGAACGGGCUGGCGUGUUAGCAUCGCGAUAGCAAUGUAGGUAACAUUAGCUGGGACGCUUGGACAGAAAUAGCCAUCCCUCAUAGAAACGGCAGCCUGCUCCGGUGUUUGGACCCGCUUUGUGUGCAGAAAUUGGCCAGUUUGUAGCUGCUCUGGAAUGCAUCUCUCCAAGAAAUGUUCCGCCUUCAAAGUGGUGCUGAGUGCUCUGCUGAUAGUGGCGCUCCUGCAGCUCAUAUACCUGUCCUUCUUAUCCAAGUUUCACGGCAAGCAGCAGCGGUACCGGUACUCUGAGCUCUUUGGAGGAUCCGGGGGCAAGAAAAAUGGGCACCACGAAAAAAACUCGCGGAAGGAGCGCCUGAGGUACUCGCUGUCUACCGGCGGCAUCUUUGACAAUAGUGGUCAGUACCGGGUGUACAAGAACUUGAUCAAAAGUGACUUCACCACAAAUCAGAAGCCAGGAUCCGACCCGAGCUCUAACGUCCUGGCUUUAGCCACACACACAACCAUCAACAACCUGCAUCACCUGGAAUCUCUUCUGGAAAGGUGGCAAAACCCUCUCUCUGUGGCCAUAUUCGCACAUGGGCAAGAUGUCAAGUUUGCCACAGCUCUGGUCUAUGCACUCAGCUUCUUCUGCCCUCAGAUUCAAGCCCUGGUGGACUUCCACUUGGUCUGCCUCUCAGGAGAGAUGGCCAGUUUCCCUGAGCAGGACCGUGAGCAUUUUGUGGGGCUUGAGGACUGUGCCUCUGUGUUCUCCAGACUGGAGACCCACAGGGAUAAAUACAAGAACUAUGCCAUCAGUGGAAACAUCUCCUACCCCAACAACCUUCUUCGAAAUGUUGCCCGAGGUGGCACGGAGUCCUCCUACAUCCUGGUCAUUGACAUCGACAUGAUGCCAAGCGCCGACCUACACCAGCAGUUCCUGGCCAUGAUCAUGAGGCGUGAGCCAGCCAGUGAUGAGGUAUUUGUCUUGCCCGCCUUCGAGAUCCGCCACGCCAGGAAGAUGCCUGCCACCAAGGCGGAGCUGGUUCAGCUCUACCAGGUAGGUGAGGUCCGGCCGUUCUAUGAAGAGCUGUGUCCUCGCUGUCAAGCCCCCACCAACUACUCACAGUGGGUUAACAGCCACGUCAGGGAGACGGGCACCCUGGAAGUUGCCUACACACUCACCUGGGUGGACCCCUGGGAGCCUUUCUACAUUGGGCCCCACACUGUGCCCCUUUACGACGAGAACUUCAAGCAAUAUGGCUUCAAUCGUAUCAGCCAGACCUGCGAGCUCCAUGUGGCCGGAUACAGGUUCUCUGUGCUGAGCUCAGCCUUCGUGGUGCACCGGGGCUUCAAGAUCCAGGGGGAGUUCCACGCCAGGAAGGACGAGGAGAAUAAACGCAACCGGGUUCUGUUUCGCACCUUCAAAGAGGGCCUCAAAACCAAAUACCCAUCCUCCAACCGACGAUGCUGAGACAAGAUGGGGACUAUAUAUCCUGCCUCUAUCAGUCCCUAAUGAAAUCAGUCUUCUGCUCAAGUUACGGACGUACAUUUUUCUUAUUUUAGCUAGAUUCAGCUUCCAGUCAGACUCCCCCUGCACAAAACGUCCUAGUUUUUCUAUGAUUUCUUGCGAUAAUGGCACAGUUGGAGUUUAAUCCAACUCUUGGGUUUAUUUCAAGUCUGUCUGAAAAUGAGCAGCAAGGAAAUGUUCUCUGGGGAUUUCUGAAAGCGUCCUGCUACUCGGGACUGAAAGGAAGAAAUUAUUAUUCAAGAUUGGAAAACUGGCUGGCGACUCAUGAGAUUACGGUUUUGUUUUUUCAGUCAAAUGCAAAUCUAAAACCUAGCUGGCAUUUGAUUGACGUGAAUGCUAAAAGCAUGUGGGGCACGUUUUCUAUUUUAAAACAUUUUUGAGCUUGUCCAGAUUCAAAAAUAGACACAACAAUGUGACUGUAAGACACCAAGUCUCUACAUGAUCACUAAGAGACAAAAGUCCUAAUUUCACCGUAUGUUAACAUUAAGUUGAAGGUUCUAUAUUUCCUGACAGCUGAUCAAAGACUGCUUUGUACCUCAAAGUCCAACUGAAAUCAUGUGCAGUGAAAUGUAAUGCCAAAAUAAAGGGAAGAAAAAAGGGUCUUUCUACCCAAAAUAUAGAACCGUGAUUUUACAGCUUUAUGCAAAAAUCGUUUAAAAUGAAUCAAUAUGCCUGGCUGUUUGAAUAAGUAGAUGGAGAACGAACAGCCUUCUGACUGGCUCUUGCAAAGACAGGAGGCACAAUCAUCAUGCUGUAGCAGGACAAAAAAACAAAAAACGUGCAAUUCAAUUUCAGUUCAGUUCAAGUGUAACACAAUGGCAAUUCAGUGUGACUAUCAUUGGAAAUCCUAUCUAUCAGUACAGUGGGAUAUCAACCCUGACUCUGAAGUCCUUUCAACCUCUGUGCCAAUCAAUGACAUACUCUGACCACCAGAUGGCAACAGGCACUGCUGUGUUUGAGUAUAUUUGCCUGAUGGGAGUGCUAGAGGUGCUACAGCAGAACACAGGCAUUACACAACGCCGGUGUGUGGCACUCAAGGGGAUGUGAAUUUACUCUGCGCCACAACUGUCAGCACAUUUCAGAAAUUUUCAUACCCUUGGGAGUGCUUGUUCAUACCACAAACUGAAGAGAUUACUCACUACACAGAACCUUACAUCGAUCAUUACACAUCACUAUAAUUUCAUCAAGACUAUGGAAAACUACUGUAUCAUAACACUGAGGGUCUGAUAGUCAGUGGUAGACGGUUAGAUUAUCUGGAGUUGUGGGGGGCGGGUUUCUACCCUCUGAAGUAGACUCCAUGAUGGGGGCAGUGGACUGCAGGUAGAAAUGUAGCAUGAUUACUGGGUAGUGAUAAAAAUACUGCACAAUCAAAAAUGUAAACCACAAACAAAAGUAGCCUGUGUUGUCUAAAGGAUUGCUGUGGAAACGUUUAUCUGCACACCACUAGAAAAUAGCAAAUUAUAGAUCUUAAAACCCAGAUUCCAAAAAAGUUGGGAUGCUGUGUGUAAAAAAAAAAAACAGAAUGUUUUCCUUUGAUCAUGCUUUUUGACUAGUACUCAACUGAAAACAGUACAAAGACAAUAUAUUUAAUGUUUUACAUCACAAGCUGCAUCCUGGAAAGGCUCAGUCGUUCACAAGCAAGGAUGGAGCGAGGUUCACCACUUUGUGAACACAUGGUUGUAUGAAGGAUGUUACUACAUGAGCUCAGGAACACUCAUAAAACCGUUGUUGGAAAACAGAACUUGUUUGCACAUGGUUGCGUUCUGCUUUUCUUUCAAUUCUCCACAGUGUCUCAACUUUUUUGGAAUCGGGUUGCACACAUUAUUCUGUAACUUACUGGUGCGUACACGACAUACAGUAUUAAACCUCGACUACCACUCUUCUCAUGUCUGUUUAGCGAAACUGCAAAGUAUACAUGUACAAAAUAUAUUUUAAGUGUUAAGUUAUGUAACUGUUGGAGAGAUUUAAAUAUUUUUUCCUUCCUCACUUGUAGUGCUUAUAAUUAUAUUUAUUGUGAAAAUGUUUUCUGUUAACUGGAAUUAUUUUUUUUUAUGACCCCAAGCAGGUAAACUGUAGCACGAAAUUGUGUUUGGUGCAAAAAAUUAUGUUUUGUAUGAUACUUUUUUGUUUUUGGACCACUAUAAAAUCACUUUUCUGUGGUUUAAGGAGUGAGAUCAAGUUCAACAGAUUACCUUGUGUCAUGACGUGGUGUUGUUUUGUUUUUCUCAUGUGUCUUUUCCUUAUUUGACACUUUUUUUUGUAUUUAUUUUUUCCUUUGUGUUCAUAACAUAAUGCCUGAUUUGUAUUGUUGGAAUUUCUAUUAAACCUACUGAAUGACUUUUA